CCCCCUCCAGUCCUGUUGGGGCGAUAACUCUGUGACUGUGGUUCCAGUAUCUCCAGUAGAGCGAGAAGAAGCUCGUGCGCUGUUCAGUCUGUUGUGCUGGAUAAACAUAAUCAGCUGGAUUGUGGAAGAAUGAAUGCUGCCCUGUUCAGAAGAUUUCUGAAGAGUUCAGUGUUAAGCUGCUAAAACAGGUUAAUCACAAGGCAUCCAAAACAAUAGAAGAUACAUCCAAAAGCUGCUACAUCUGGCAGAAAAAUGAAGAAAGGUAAAAGCAAGGCAAAAACUCAUCACUGUUCAGAUUGUGGGUGGAGUUUUUCUCAACAGAGUGAUCUCAAAAAACACCAGCGCUCUCACACCGGAGAAAAACCAUUUCUUUGCACAGAGUGUGGAAAGAGUUUUACUCAGAUAAGUAAUCUCAAAGCACACCAGCGCAUUCACACAGGAGAAAAACCGCAUCAAUGCUCAGACUGCGGGAGUAAGUUCUCUCAACGGAGUGAUCUCAGAAAUCACCAGCGCAUUCACACAGGAGAGAAACCGUAUCACUGUUCAGACUGUGGGAGGAGUUUUACUUGGCAGAGUGAAUACAAAAAACACCAGCGCGCCCACACAGGAGUGAAACCAUAUUACUGCUCAGACUGCGGGAAGAGUUUUAAAGAACGGACAAUGUUAAAAAAACACCAGCGCAUUCACACAGGAGAGAAUCUGUAUCACUGCUCAGACUGUGGAAAGAGUUUUAAUCGAAAGGAAAGUCUCCAGCAACACCAGCGCAUUCACACAGGAGAGACACCAUAUCACUGUUUGGCCUGUGGGAUGAGUUUUAGUCAGCUGAGUAUUCUCAUAAAUCACCAGCUCACUCACACGGAAGAGAAACCCUAUCACUGCUCUGAGUGUCAAAAGAGUUUUAAACGACAGUGUCAUCUUCAACGACACCAGCUCGUUCACACAGGAGAGAAACCGUAUUACUGUUUAGAAUGUGGGAGGAGUUUUAAUCAACCGUAUAGUCUCCAAGUACACCAGCGCGUUCACACAGGAGAAAGACCCUACUACUGCUCAGAGUGUGACAAGAGCUAUAAACAUUUAAAAUCAUAUAAGAGACACAAGUGCACUAACAGCAAAAGUACACUCCUUGAAGACACUUCCUCAACCAUCCCAGUUCCAAACUCUGAUCUUAAAGUAGAAUAAAAGAAGAGAACCCCCCCCCCCCCCCCAACACUUUAUUAUUAUUAAUUGUUUUACAGUUAAUCCUGGAGGGAUGUAUGAUAUUUAAUCUAAUAUGACACAAGGACGCAAAGCUAUAGAGAUGUGGGCAGUUACAGAGAUACCUCAUGUUGAUGGUUGUGUAUUGGGAGUGAAUUUGUUUCCUUUAAAGAGGGCAAAACUUUUGCACCCAUUCAUUCUCAUGAAUUUCCUAUAAAAAUGCAGAGCUAGAUGUAAACUUGUGUCUGAUCAAAAGCAUUAUGGAUCACUCAAUCAGGUAAGAAAGCCUGCGGUUGGACUGGUGUCUUUAUGCUGAAAACUGCAGGAGCUGUGUAGUAAAAAUCUGGUUGAAAAAUAAGAAUUAUUAGUAAUAGCAAGAAGGGUAUAAACCAAAAAACAGUACAGUUGUGAUUUGCUUUGUAAUUUUUUAUGUUGUCUUAAGUUCUAAUGUGCUUUAAAACGUAGCUCACAAAAGUGAGUACACCCCUUACAUUUGUAAACAGUGUGAAUUUGCUGUGCCCUCAAAAUGACUCAACACACAGCCAUUAAUGUCUUAACCGACCAAAGUAAAAAUGGCCAAAUUGUGCCCAAAAUGUCAAUACAUUGUCUAGCCAGCCACCAUUGUUUUCCAGCACUACCAUAACACUCUUAAGAAGGCAAAAUGGCUAAUUGGGCAAAGUUUGGCCAGUUUCACUUAAGCCCUAUCCAGACAUAUUUCACACUUCUACUCAGUGAAUAAACUCUUGCAUCUGGACUGCAACUAAAAACAAAACAAAACAGGAGGAUCAGGGAGUUAUCAGGCUUUAUCGGUCACAUGACAUCUCUUUCAGUAGCUCAUCCAUUUCCACUGACUGUGGACAAAUAGGUAUUUUAUUAAACGCUAUUUUAUUAAAAGGUGACAAAACUCAGAAAUGUGAGUCCAGGGGGGACUAAAAUUAACAGAGGACCACAGAGUUCAGCGAAAAACAGUAGGUAAUUCAGCCUGUCAUUUUCUCAGAAGAUGUCUGAGAAAAACACAUACAUGGUCGUUCUGGAAGGGAAUAAAAUCACAGAGGACCCCCCCCUCAACAGAGAAAAUUAACCCAGGACCCACUGAGAAACUAAUCCCAUCUGGACAGGGGGUACUCACUUUUGACUGCUUUUAGACAUUAAAGGCAUAGCAAAUUUACACAUUACUGUUAUACAAGCUGCACACGGACUACUUUACAUUGUUUCAAAAUGUCAUAUCUUUGGUGUUGUCCCAUAAAAAGGUAUAAUAAAAUAUUAACAGAAA